CUUGAAGAGUUGAUAACAGAAAACGAAGAUACUGAAAAGGAGCACGGUCGAGGCCACAAAGCUGCUGAUUUUCUGGACAGCCUCCAUGAUGAUCUGAUGAUGCUUGAGGCAGAACUGGAAGAUCAGCUUGACGAAAAUAUUAAAGCAUUUGAGCAAACAAUCACAACACACGUCGACCAAUUUAUUCAAACUGUUGAGGAAAACAUGGCAACAUGUCGAAAAGAAGAAGAUAAGUAUUUUGAGAGGAUUUCAAGUCAUCUCUUCCAUCUUCUUGAUAAAGUCCCUCUUGAGGACAUGGUGGUAGAAGUCACACCAGAGCUGCGUGAGAUGUUUAAGGACAAAGACAGUCUUACGGACAUUUUGGCGGACUGCCAUGCUGCACACAUUAAUGCGUUUGACUCUGUGGCCGACGUAAUCAGACAUCAGGCCAAGUCGUGGCUUAGUGAACUCCUCGAAAAUCUUCAAAAAACCCAUGUGGAAGAUCGCAGAAGAACCAGGAUAAUGGAGAUAAUUUGCUUCGUUGAGAAUCAGAAGGAAGAACUGGACAAUAUUUAG